CUCACACUAGUAUCUGAAUACACGUGAACAACAUAUUGACAUGCCAGAUGAGCAUGAUCAGAGCAGUCCAGGUGCCGCUGUCAUAGCAGAUCAGGCCGCCUUGGAUCAAACAACGUCUCAAACACGGACGACAUCUCCGGGCCCCAAAGACAAACAACAUGGAGAAGAAGUGAUGGAGGACUCUCGGGAAAUUAGACCACCAUUACCGCCUCGACCAACGAAUCUGGACUUGCUGGAAGAGCGAGGUUCUGGGGGUUCAAUUCGAUUGCCGAAGCGCAUGGCUUCACGGCCAAAUCUCCAAGCUCGACCAACAACUGCAGUAUCCUUGACAGACGUCCACACAUCAAACAAUUUCCAAGACCAUGCAUCACGCACACUUUCUCCUCCCAGCCGGCCUGUGUCUAGAAAACAGAGUACGGCGAACAUGGACAGGUUUCGAAGUCGCGUGGGCAGUGAUGCAGCUGAAACAAGUAGUGUCCGCAGCUACGCCAACACUCUCGGAACAAACGCAGAAAUGGAAAGUCUUCUCGGUGACCCAUUUCCCACAAGUCCAGCUUGGAAAUCACUCAGUGCGCAGCUCGAAAAGGAAAACCCAAUGGAUCAUGUCUUUGACGAGGAUGAUAUCUUCAGCCUCCGAAUGCAUCAUGAGUUUGACGAGUUGGAAGAGUUUAGAGCGAAUGGCACGAAUGAAGAGUUUUUGAUGAAUUCUUGGACAUCAAAGUUGAAGCACUUUUUCAUCCUUUCUUCGGCGGGUAAGCCUAUCUGGAGUCGACAUGGAGAUGACCAGGUUAUUGCCAAUCAUAUUGGUAUACUGCAGACGCUCAUAUCCUUCUACCAGGAUGUCAACGAUAAUCUGCGAGGAUUCACGGCUGGCAAUGCGAGAUUUGUGAUCUUGUCAAAAGGUCACCUAAAUCUGGCGGCUAUCAGUAGACUCGGCGAGAGUGACUUGCAGCUCAAGACGCAGCUGGAAUCUUUGUACAUGCAGAUCCUUUCGACGUUGACAUUGCCGAGUAUGGAGCGCAUGUUCUCAAACAGACCUUCGACGGACUUGCGACGACCACUGCAAGGCACCGAAGUCUUGCUCGGAGCACUGGCAGAUGGCUUCACAAGAGGAUCACUACCGACUCUGCUGUCUGCUCUGGAAUGUCUGAAGAUACGCAAAUCACACCGACAAGUCAUCAAUAACACGCUACUGAAGGUCAAAUCACCAAAUCUUCUCUACGGCCUUCUAGUGGCAGGUGGACGUUUAGUCAGUGUAGUGCGACCACGAAAACACUCUCUUCACCCUGGAGAUCUUCAACUCAUCUUCAACAUGCUUUUCGAAGCUGGAAGUGUCAAAGCCGGUGGCGGUGAGAACUGGAUCCCGCUGUGCCUCCCUGGCUUCAACAACACCGGGUUCUUGUACAUGUAUGUCAGUUUCCUGGACAUUGGGGAAGACCACGCAAAAGUGUCAGAAGAGCGACCACAACCUUCUGCAUCACCAAGAGACGACGAUCAAUUAGCCAUCAUCCUCAUAAGCGCGGACAAAGAGGCCUUUUACGAAUUACGCCAGAUGCGCGACGACUUGAUCGAUCAAUUAAACCAAAACAAUAGCAUGUCAAUCCUCCGCACGGCAAUCCACCACGGCCGCCCCUCCAUCCCCUCCAUCCUCCCCUCCUCCCCCCUCCUCCACUUCAUCUACAAAUCCCGCCCUCACGUCCAAUUCUUCACUCCCUCCUUUUCCCCCAACUUCACCUCUCUAGUGCCCCAUCGUCGUCUUGUCUCUCUAUACUCGUCCUUGCAUACUGCUGUGCAUAACAAAACGGCAAGCCUAAAGGUUCACUACGCUUGUGCCAAGGAUGCAGUGGCGCUUGGGUGGGUAGGGAGGGAAUAUGAGUUUUAUGGUGUUGCGGGGGCUGGGGCUAGUAGAGAGGGGAUGGCGAAGGCGGCGCAGGACGUUGUUAGGUAUCUUAGGAGGGAGGAGGAGAGGGUGUUUAUUAUUGGCGGUGCUGUAUUCUAGGUAGUUUAUGUGUUGCUCAUCAUUGAUAUCGGCUGAGGAUUUUUUUCUCGACUUUUGUGUCAACGCGUACAAUUGGCACGGUCGUGUGCUUUGUGGAGUUUCGCGUCGUUUCGCCCUUCUUGUUCGUUG